CAGUGUCAUUGGGAUGGAACAAUUUCUUUGAAUUCUUUGAAAACCGGAUUCUGUUUCCCCUUGUGUGUCGUUUGUGGAUUGAUGAUUGAUGAUGCAAUUUCGAUGUCAACAAUGCAAUGAUGAUUGUAUCAAGAAUGUAUUCUGUUCUGAAAUGAUACGAGUACAUGUACGACGUCCACCGUGCACAAGCGUAGUUUGGCUCAGUAAGAAGAACAGUGGAUGGAUACUCCACUCUUUAUCAGAGUUCUGUUUUCUGAUUAUGCAAGCGAGGAGAAUCUAUACCUCAUUGUUAGAGGAACGAGCCAGAGUGAUGAGAACACUGAAGGCCUUUUCGGAACAGAAUUGUUGGCAUCAUGCGCCUUCAAAGCUGCCAUCAUCAAAGAUUUGUAAGGAAAAUAAGGUCGCCUUGUGCAUUCGUGAUUGGUAGUCACGGACUGACUCAGUGAUGGCUUUGGCUUGCCUUGGUGGCAAGUCCAAAAAGAAAACAACGCAAAAAAGAGCAAUGACGAGGCAACCAUGAUGAUUCAGAGAGGAACUUCCACAAGUCACAGCUUUUCUUGCAGGAACCACCCAUAUCAUAGAUAUCGGUAGCCCUGGAAGCAAAGGUACCUUACUACACUCUAACUUGACGACAACAUGGUGCGGCUUUCUUUUGCUUUCUUGCUACUCUCAGCUAUUCAGGCGGGAGCCUUUGUGCCCUCUCAGUCAUCCACCAAGUCAGCCACAACACUCCAGGCAAACUUUUUCGAGCAACUCACCAAACCAUCCACUCCCAAGGUGGCCGUCCCGGAAGAUUUUGUCAUUCCCGAACCACGGCCACUCGCCAUUGCCGAAGGGACCGAUAUUGGCAAGUUCUUGUCGGCUGCGGCAGCAUUGGCCGCUCGCCUUGGCACCGGUGCAUUUGUUCUGGGAUGGCAGAUUGAUGACUUGAAUUACCAAGGAGAGGGAUAUUCCUUGAAACUCGGACCCCUUAGUCUGCGAGAUUCCAGCUCCAUCUUGACAGAGGCUCCACGACCCGACAAACCACUCAUUUUGUACGCCUACGAUGCGUCACCCUACUGUAAGAUUGUACGAGAAACACUCAAUCUGCUCGAUUUGACCUUUGAAUAUCGACCUUGUCCCGGGGCCAGACAGGGCAAAUUCUCGCAAGAAAUGCUUCAAAAGACAGGACGACAAACCGUUCCCUUCCUCGUGGACCCCAACACCAAUGUGGAACUGUUUGAAUCCGCCGACAUUAUCAACUACCUCGUGGAAACCUACGGUCCAUCCCCCGAUUCCUUUGAUCGCAAGGCAUUAUGGCCCAUUACCACGCAAGGAUUCGCCGUGGGGACAGCCACCACGGCCGCCAUUCUCUUGGACAUGCCGGGAGCCCGGCGACAGGCCAAUGCUCGACCCGACAAUGAAGAUAUGCAGUCUCUCGAAGUAUGGGCAUACGAAUGCAGUCCCUUUUGUCGUCCCGUUUUUGACAAGCUGUGUAGUUUGAGCUUGCCGCAUCGAGUUGUCAGCUGUUCACGAGGAUCGGCCAACCGGGACAAGCUCUUCCAAAAGACGGGGCGAUUCCAGGUGCCCUACUUGGUGGACCCGAAUACUGGAGUGGAGAUGUACGAAAGCAAUGCAAUUGUGGAUUAUCUGGAGAAGACGUACACUGUAUAGUUUCGUAACGUUACAUGUAAAGUAGUGGAGCGUGUUUCUCUGUAUGCAUCUUCGUUUGUAGGACGAGAACGAUGCACAUUCCAAUCAGAUGCACACAGUUAGUUGAAAGCAAGGCAUGCUGGCUACUUCCGGUAUGGUAAAUGGUACCGUUUUGACCCGGAAAAUUUUGCGUCAUUGGAGGGGGAGGUGGUUUAUUUUAAAAUCCACAUAGUAGCCGAUAGCCCAGACUGAUUGA